UCCUCCUGGCCCCUCCUUGGGGUCACAGGUGUGCGCCAGCACCCUGGGGCUAGUUCAGUGCCUCCCAGCGGCGCACACAUCUGCCAGCGAGGAAACAAGUCACACAUCGUGUGGCAGCUCUGUGUCAUGUGAAGUCUUCACACCUCGCGACUCCCUGGCUGGUGGUGCUGGUGCCAGGCUCUCAGCUCUGCUGGAGAGCGCAGCUCUGUGACUCGCUCGUGGUUUCAGAUGUGGGCGGCCCGUGAGCCUGCCGGGAGGCUCGCGUCACUGCCUGCUGCAGUUAUCUUCUGGGUCGGGUGAGGGGCUUGGUGCUCUCCGUGGAACAGUCAGUACCGGGUCACCUCCGGGCUGGGGGUGCCUGAGACUCUCGAUGGCGCUGGGCAGAUUCUUCUGGGAAGGUUGGACCUUGGAGAGUGAGGCCCUGAUCCGAGAUGUGGGCACCUGGCUCCUGCUCUGUACCUGCGUCUGUCGGGGAGUCUCUGUCCCAGAGGAGGGAGGAGGGGCAAGGGCUGAGACUUUCACCUGCCUCAACAACUACAUCCUCAGGAUUGAGUGUCACUGGUCUGCCCCAGGGUCCGGUCAGGGCUAUGGCCCCUGGCUCCUCUUCACCAGCAACCAGGCACCUGGCAGCAAGCACAAGUGCAUCUUCCAGGGUCGCACGUGCACGGUGGUGCUGCCGCCCGAGGAGGUGCUCCUGCCCUCCGACAACUUCACCAUCACCUUCCAUCACGGUGUCUCGGGGAAGGAGCGGGUCAGCCUGGUGGAAUCGCAGUACCUGCCCCGGAGACAUGUGAAGCUGGAUCCUCCCACUGACUUGCAGAGCAACACGAGCUCGGGCUCCUGUGUCCUGACCUGGAGUAUGAGUCCUGCCCUGGAGCCCAUGGCCUCACUCCUCAGCUAUGAGCUGGCCUUCAAGAAGCAGGGAGAGGCCUGGGAGCGGGCCCAGCGCAAGAACCACAUCGUUGGGGUGACCUGGCUCGCCCUUGAAGCCACCGAGUUGGACCCUGGCUCCACUUACGAGGCCAGGCUGCGUGUCCAGAUGGCCACGCAGGAGGGGGACACGGCCGAGGAGUGCCACGAGGGCCAGUGGAGCCAGUGGAGCCAGCCCGUGUGCUUCCGCGUUCCGCAGCUGCAGGCCCUGCCCGCAGGUCUCUUGAUUUCAUCUGAGAGAUGGCCAGAGACCAGCCUUGUUGCUGUGACCAUCUUUCUUCUGCUGUCUGGACUGACCUGCCUCCUGUUCAAGCUGUUACCCAGGAUGAAGAGAACUUUCUACCAGAACGUGCCCUCGCCAGCCACGUUUUUCCGGCCCCUCUACGCUGUGCACGGUGGGAACUUCCAGACCUGGGCAGGGACCCAUGGGGCUGGUCCGCAGCCGACCCAAGACUGCGACGGCCUCCCACAGGGAACCUCAGAGUCCAGCAUGUGGGAGGCCAUUGUCCUGCUCACUGAGGGCCCAGCAUGGCCCUGGCAGCCCACAGGCCUGGAGGACAAAGACAACCCUGGACCUGGCCUCCCAGAGUCCUUGAGCUCGGAGGUGGUGCUGCCAGCAGGGUGUGCGGAACUGGGGGAGCAGCCGUCUCCCUAUCUGCCACAGGAGGUUUGGGCCCCCACGUCCUCCACCAGACCAGCUCACCCAGACUCAGAGGAUGGCAGUGCUGGUUACUGUGUCCUGGACUGCUACGGGGAUUGCCACCCCUCAGCCCUCCCGGGAAAUAUGCAGAGUCCCAUGCCCAUCCCGCCCUUGGCCUGUGGCCUUCCCUGUGUCCAGCAGGGUUUGGAUGCCCAGCAGAGAGGUGCCUGUGAGGGAGCUGCUCAUAGUCAGGGUCAUGGGCUGCCCGAGGACCUCUAGGGAGUUCUGCUGCCUCCUGCUCUGGGCACGCCAUGGGCUGGGUCCUGGGAGUCUAGAACCCUGACUCACCCAUAUGCAUCAUGUCCAUUUUGGGAAAAAUGGGCCAAAAGCCCUGGACUGACCCGUAGCUGGGACCGGACCUCCCGAGAAGGGGAAACGUACAGGGACAAGAGGCACCCCGUCCGGAUGGAGGCUCCUCACCGCCUUUGCUCGUCCCAGCAUCCAACAGCAGCUUUCCCUCCCUCCUCUGCCCUUCCUGCUCUGCCGAGGGACCCAGGUGAGACACCCUGCCGGUGGGCCAUCCUCUUUCUGUGCUUCUGGUGGCACCUUUCACACGGAGGUUGAAAGGCGCAUCUCGUCUGUUCAAACUUGGAUGGCUGGGGUAGGGAUUGGAGAUGAGAGGGCUGGAAAACCCACCCCUGGGCUUUCUGGGCUCCAAGAACAGCAAGGAGAAGGGAGCUCAGUGUGACCCCAAGGGAACGACUCCGACUGUGAUGGUCCUUGGAGGCCAACCUCUUCCCCUCCCUGACUUCACCCUUCUGGGAGGCGGAGAGCUCCGGAAGUUGGGUGGGAGGUGGCCACUGGGUGUGGCCACUGGGUGUGGCCCCGGCCUUUGAAGAGCCUUGCUUUCACCCCCACCCUCCUGUGCAGUGCACUUGGGGAGACUGCUGUGGUCUGGGGAGGGGUGGAUAGAGCAGAAUGUGCCUGUGUUGUUUUCCUAGAGCUGCUCUAAAAAAAUACCACAAACUGGGUGGCUAAAAACACAAGUCACAGUUACUCUGGUGGGUUUGCCUUUAUAGGUUAUUUUCUCUCAUUUCUUCCCUCUUUCUUUCUUGCUUACUUCCCUAACAGCUUUUAGUAUUUUCUCCUUUUUUUGAAUUUCUGGAAUUUUGCUUACGAUUUGUGGAGAGGUUCUUCUCUGGCCGUGGGUAUUUGGAGCUCUGUGGGCCUGUUAUACUUGAAUGCUGAAUUAUUUGCCUAGAUUUGGAAAUUUUUCUGCUAUGAUUUCAGAGAACACAUUUUUUAUA